UAUCUAAAAGAAAAAUCAAUACCAUAUAGAUACUUUAAAUUUUUAUAUCAUAAUUCUCAAUACAAGAUAAAAUUGUCAAAGUAGUGUCGUACACAGAUUCAAUGAUGCAGAAACGCCAGAAGCUACACAACCGAAAUCUACUCUAUUUUACGAUCCCCGAGCAGAAGGGUCAAAAUCCGAUCACCAAAGCGAUCUUGUGGCUGUUCGUUUCCAGUAUAAAGCACGCGAUGAACACCGUCGAAUCGACCUGGGUGCCCAUUCAGCUACAGAGACGCAUUUCGUCCAACUGCCUCAAGGCUACUGAUGGGGCUAAAAACCUGACGCUAAUGGUGGAUGUAUACUAUCUGAACAAAAACACCACACUCUUCGGGACAUCCUUCGUAACGGACACCACAGAAAGGCGAAACAUGACCGUGAUACCAUACUUGGAGUUACAAAUUCGGGAGGACCAACAAUCCCGGGCUAGGCGGUCCACGUUUGGAAAAUACUGGCUGAACUGCAAUGAAACGUUCGCGGUGACCCAAUGCGGCCGGUAACCUCUGAUAGUCGACUUUGAGGAGUUGGGCUGGGACUGGAUUAUCGUGCUCAAAAAGUUCAAAGCCAAUUACUGUAUGAGCGAGUGUUCAUUGGAGUUAUCGAAAUAUAACAAUCACACGCAACUCUCCCAGCUCACCAACAAGUCGGUUGCGCACGCCGAUCCAUGCUGCGCCCCAGAUAAGGUGUCCGACAAACUCGUAUUGUACCACGACGAGGACUUCAACAAUAUUGUUAAAUAUUUACCCAACAUGGUGGUAAACAGUUACAACUGCAAUUAAUAGUAGUUAGUCGACAGCACACACGCAAAAAAGCACGUAAUCAGGAUUUUUUCAUUUUUUUGGGAAGAAGGGCUUUCCCUUUAGGUCAUGAAAAAAUGAUAUGCUAGUCACACUUUAUUUCGUACAUUCACAUUUAUAUUUUGCAAACGACAUUCUAAUUUAUCAAAUAACAUUGAAAUUCAUUUUUAUUUUUUUAAGAAACUUG